AACCAGCAGGGGGCAGCACUUGCUUUUAAAUAUCUCCCCACCUUUAAAUGCGCGCUGUAUUUUCACCUUCACAAGGACUCCGUAAAAAAACAAAAACAAAAAAAACAUCUGUAUCCUAAAGAUGAAACGUUUCACAUGCGUGUUUGUGCUGAACAGAGUUAUGUUGUUGUUUUUCAUUAAAUCCGCAGCAUCUUCAGCGUGUCAUCGUCUAGAGGUCACGGACAAAGAUUGGAUGGGAUAUUUAUAGAGUGAAUGGACGGGAGAAAUUGGAUUCUGGUUUUAGCUGUGGCACUCAGAGGGAGGGACAGAGGAAAUCAAUAUCUGCCAGAUUGAUCCUCAAUGUGAGGUCAGAUCCAGCUGCAAAAGCACCGCAGGAGGCAUGAUUUUAUUUUAUUUUUUAAUGCAUGAAAAGCUGUCUUUUUUUUCAGUAAAGUCAGGGAAGAUGUGCUCCGAAUGGUGAGCAAACGGAGAAAUCCAAGGACGGCAGCGAUGAGGGGAGGGUAGAAAAGACGCGCACAGACUUAUUAGUCCCACCUUCUUCUUCUUCUCCUUCUCAGUCAGAGGGAGCAGAUCUCAGAGGAAGAUGCAGCUCUACAUCCGAGGAGCGCUCAGGAAAAGUACAUGAGAGGAGACAGGAGCAGGAUUUGACCAGACAGAGGAAUAUCUGGUUAUUUAUUCUACAAAACCAGGGGACGAUAAAGCAGACCGGAAACCGUGACAUCCAGCCCGUCUGCUGCACAGACAGCUGCCUAGUUUGAGAGCAUGAGUGAGGCGAAGAAAGGAGAGCUGGCCAUCCGGGACAAAGCCAUCCUGCAUCAGCAGAGGCGCCUAAAACAGGCCACCCAGUUCACACACAAGGACUCGGCUGACCUGCUGCCCCUGGACGGACUCAAGAGACUCGGAACCUCCAAAGACCUGCAACCUCACAGCAUCGUCCAGCGGCGCCUGCUGGAGGGAAACAUCACGCGGCUCCGAGGCGAGGCCCGGGACGCCACCGCCAGGGUUCGCUCGCCGUUGGCCGACACCAAGGACGGACCUACGGACACCGAGGAGAGGAGCGAGAGCACAGCAGACGACUCCACCGAGGAGAGGGAGUCUCUGGAGGAGAGCGAGAGGAGCCUCCGAUCAGACGAGGAGGACGAUAACAGCGAGGCCGGAGCCAGACACUCAGCCGAGAAGCCGGAGAGCACGGACAGCUCGACCCGACUCACAGCUUUAAUUAUUCAAUGCAAGUGCUGCGAAACUGAAGUGAAGGCAUCCAUCAACACUGGCAGCCUACACAACCACAUCUCCACCUCCUGCUGCCAGAGGCUGGGACUGGUUCCCAUUAAGGACAGUUCACCAUGCGGUGCUACCAGUUCAGUGACUGGUCUGCAGCUACAGCUGGGCAGACAGACUAUCCAGUGUUCAGCAUAUGUGAAAGAGGAUGAGGCGUCUGAACUGUGCCUGGGUCUGCAGACGCUGCUGGAACUGAAAUGCUGCUUGGAUCUGAACAGUCGGGUUCUGAAGCUUCAAGGCUGUGGCGAUGAGCUGCCCUUCCUGAACACUGUAACCGACGGCCGGUGCCAACACGACACCAACGAAAACCUGUGAGCCGACUCCACGUCAGCUGCCAAGUCUGUCAUCGCUAACGGGCUGCAGCUGCGAGAAACGAAGCCCUUUGUUUUUAUCUGGACUGUCCAAUCACAGUGUCACUGCCAGAACAUGGAUGAGCGUUCACCUCUGUUCUCAAGUUUACAUCUUCAUGUCUGCUGAGUUUUGACUUGAUUUUCUCUUAUAAUUGUCUAGUUAAGCGGAUCUAAACCUGAUCUCUCCAGGUUUUGGGAUAAUGCUGUAUUUCCUCUGUUCUGCUGCUUACUAAAAGAAAAAUAUAACAAUUUGAAGUGAGUUUAUAUUGAAUCUGCUAUGAUUUGAGGAAUCAUGUUGAAUUACACCUCAAUCACAUACUGAGAUUUUUUUCCACUUAGUUUUUUUUCUGUUACAAAAAAUGUCUACAGUAUUGUUAAACCACAAUGACAAAUUAGGGCCAUUGUAG